AUGGCUUUUUCACAACCAAAUGCUCAAAGAGAAUUAGCAAAUCGUAAAAUUUUAGAAGAACUACAGAUAAAGAAACAAUUACUUCUGAAACAAGGGGUAGCAUCUACUCUAAACUCCGCAGCCCUACCUGUUUUAGGAUCGACAACAGUUCAAUCAUCAGAUGGUCAUUCUAUGAAUCCCCUCCAAAGGACUGCAUUACAAACAGCAAAUGCUCAAUCCACUGGUUACUUUAUAACUCAAGAUUCUUCUUUUGGUAAUUUAAUAUUACCAGUUUUGCCCCGUUUUGAUUCAAAGUCCUAA